GGGACAUUCAGUUAUUGCGCGUGUUGGGAAGGGAACUCGAAAGUCUCUCUGUUGUCAUACUUAAAUGAAAGGACGCUCCUGACUGAAAUGGUGAUCUAGUUGGCAAAACCCUGGCUGGCUGCGUACAUUUCCCGACCUCUUGUGACUGUCAACGCGUGGCUCUUUACAUGAGAUAAAGGUAAACACUAACACAUGGUGAAUGCUGCGAACUACCGAAGCAAGAAUUGUUCUAUCCUCAGCUUAGUGACAGAAGACCGAUUGCAGUCCUUCUGCCUCCCUACUCCACCUCAUUGACCCUUCCACCUGUCGCCAUGGAAGCCAGAGGAAUGUACGAGUUUAAUGCUACGGCUGAGGAUGAGCUGAGCUUCCGAAAGGGAGACAUCCUGAAGAUUCUAGGUAAUCAAGAUGAGUGGUUUAAGGCAGAGCUACAUGGACUGGAAGGCUUUGUGCCCCAAAACUACAUUGAGAGACAAACCCCAAGCUGGUUCAAGGAGACGGCCAGCCGCAGCUCUGCUGAGGAGCUCCUGAUGUCUAGGGAGGUGGGGGGAUUCCUGAUCCGUGGCAGUCAGAGCUCCCCUGGAGAAUUUUCCAUCUCUGUCAGACAUGAGUUUGACGUGCAGCAUUUCAAAGUGAUGAAGGACAGCAAAGGCCACUACUUCCUGUGGUCGGAGAAGUUCACUUCCCUCAACAAGCUGGUGGACUACUACAAGAACACCUCCAUCUCCAAGCAACGGGACAUCUACCUUAGAGACGGUAGCCAGGAUGACCAGAGCCCAUCCACACCCCAACCGUUGAAGAGGGGGAGUCUACCUGAAGAGAGGAGCUAUGGGGCCCCUACUGCAGCCACAACACACCGCAGGGCCUCAGACCUUCCUCACAGUCAGCAGAGUAAGAGACCAGGGAUGGAGGCUCAGAGGGCUCACACCAUAGGCACCCCUGGUAGAAACACCCCCCUCACCUCUUUCCCAGCCCCCCAACGGUCAUCUGAAACCAUGCCUCAUCCACAGAGGGCAGUCAUACAGGUGAAAGCGGUGUACGACUUCACAGCGGAGGAAGGGGACGAGCUAGGCUUCAGUGCAGGUGAUGUCAUUGACAUUUUGGAUCGCUCUGAUCCAUCAUGGUGGAAAGGAAGAUUACGGGGUAAAAGUGGUCUGUUCCCUGCCAACUAUACCACACCAUUAUGAGGAAAGCCCAGAGAGAGAUAAGUUGAUCUUUGGAUUUCUCCAAUCAUAUGGACAGUGAUGAUAAGAGUCGGGCAACACACAGAAACUGCAGCAGCCCAAACUGUAGGAGGACUAAAAAUAAAUUGGUUCACGUAUGACUGAUGAUAACAUAUGCUUACACAUUUAUUUUAAAGCUGGUGCUUAGUAAAUGGCAUGAUACAAUUGGCAUACCUAAAUGACAUUGAUUUAUAAGCAGUGGCGGACUUACCAUUAGACUGAAGAGGCAAUUGCCUCAGGCCUCACAACAUCAAGGGGCCUCGUGAGCUGGGCAUAAUAAUAAAAAAAUACUAGUAAUCUUUUUUAUUUUAAAUAAUUUCUCUGCAUGAGGACUAUUCCACCCUGACAGAGUUCCUGUGCAUUGUUUCACGCGAUAUGAUUGCAAAUGUGACUUUCAUUUAAAUUAAGCUGCAGCAAUGAGGCGCUUUCACAGCGGGGCAGAGAUAUAUGCAAUUAAUGCAACCAGUGAAAAUAAAAAGAAAGAAAGAAGAUUUAACAGAACAUUUUUGUAAGUUAAUGCAUUUAUUUAGUGAAAAGACAGGUGCUGCUGGUAAUACUGACAUUGUCGUCGAGGCAGCAGACGUGUAGACAAUGUAUGGCAUGUCAUACUCUUUUUGGCCAGACAGAAUCAGAUCCAUUGGAUCCAUAUAGAAAGACAGAGGGGCGCUGUUUCACUCGCUCUGAUAAUCGGAUAAUCUCCAGUGAGAUUGAAGGAAAGUUGGCAGGUGCAAAGUGCACUGUUCGGAUGCUACUUUUUGAAGUGAUUGUUUGACAAUCAGCUGAAAACAUCAUGACUUGUCGUGUUCAUGGCACAUUAAAAGGUAAUACAUUUUUACAGUUAAAUUACGUCUCUACUAUAAAACCCAUAAAAAUAUGUUGUGCACCCAAAUCACUAAGUCCGCCCCUGUUUAUAAGGGAACUUCCACAAUCCAGCUACAGUGUCAUAUCCAUUGGAGGUUAAAAACUGGGAGCUAUGCUGCCACACAUUUACUGUAUGGUACUACACUUUUUGUAUUGUUACCUUUUUGUAUUGUCUGUAGUGCUUGCUUUCAAUUGUGAGGUCUCCAUAGUAAAUAUGUCUUGUUAGUGAGCUACCAAAUGUACAAUGUCAGUUUGAGUAUGCUUGUCAUCUGUCUAAAUUAAAACAAUUAUGUAUAUAAACUCUGGAUUGCUGAUGCUAUGUAUUGGCCAAUGAGAUGCUUUGAAGCUACUGUUCGGCCAUAUUAUCUCUCCUCAAAAGCAGUCUUCCAUAGGAAUUAAUGGAAUUUUUCAUUAUUUCAUUUAAAUGUUUCAAGGUCAAAAUUACAUGUAUUUAAGUAUUUUUUGUUGUAGCGGGGACAGUAUUUUCAAAAAAUUACACUUUAAGGAAAAUGUUUUUA